UUGCCUGUUUGUUUGUCCUCCCUGAACCCUUCCGCUCAUCCUUCCCGAACCCUUCCUCCUCCACUUCCUAUCCAUUGUCUCCUCUAUCUCACGUCCGAUUCUCCUUUGCUCUAUUUUCUGUGAGCGUCACAUCUUUUUGGUCCACAAGGUUAGAUUGAUUGGAAUCUUUUUGGUUCACAAGGCUAGAUCGGUUGGAUGGAGGCGAACAGUUGGAGGUCGACUCAGGGGGAGAUGCCAGAUGGGAGAUCUGGUGACUGGAAGACCCAGCUCCAUCCCGAGGCGCGGCAGAGAAUCGUCAAUAAGAUAAUGGACACUUUGAAGAGGCAUCUUCCAAUCUCUGAUUCUAAUGGUCUAAAUGAACUUCAGAAAAUUGCUAUUCGGUUUGAGGAUAAGAUAUAUACUGCAGCUGCAGAUCAGUCUGAUUAUUUGAAAAGGAUUUCUCAAAAAAUGUUGUCAAUGGAGAAAAAGCCUCAGCAUCCUGGAGGAUCUGGACAAAUUAACCAUUCUAUUAACCAAAAUCAUGUAGAUCAAGGUCCCAGUCAGUCUACUAUAUCCAGUGUGAGCCAGCCAUCUAGCAUACAGAACAUGACUAGCAUAUCACAGAAUUCUGUCACCAACUCAUUGGGGCAAGCUGCAGCAACAAAUAUAUAUUCAACUGCGCAAAGACAAAUGCAGGGAAGGCAGCAACAACAACAAAUGAUUUCCCAGCAGCAGCAUCAAUCCCAAAACCAACUUCUAUACCAACAGCAGCAGUUUCAACCACAAUUACUGAAACAGAAACUUCAGCAAUCGACACUCCCACAAUCACAUGUUCAGCAGCAAGCUCUGCUGCAACAAACAACGCAGCUGCAAUCUUCUCAACAGCCAUUUAUAGCAGUAACAUCUAAUCUUCAGUCGGGCCAUUCCAGCAUUCAGCAAACACAACCUGGAGCAAUACAGUCAAUUGUACAGUCUGGCUUAUCCCAAAAUUCCAUGAGUUCAGUUCAACAAUCUGGCACAUCCUUGCUUCAGCAACAGCCUCAAUCAGUUUCCAGACAACAACAACAAUCACAGUCUAACAUGCUUCAACAAACACCGUUGCAACACCAUCAAACUUCAGCUUCUCAACACUCUAACUUAGCUAUGCAUCAGCACCAGCAGUCAAUGUGCCAACAAUCAAAUAUAUCAAAUGUUCAACAGUCCCAGCUGGUCGGUCAACAAACAAGUGGCACUGAUAUGCAACAACCACAGAGGCUACCAACUCAACAGAAUAAUCUAUUAAGCAUGCAACAGUCUAAGCAUUUGUUGAAUCAACAGUCAAUGCCUUUACACCAGCAACAGAUGUUAGGCACUCAAACUAACAUUUCAGGGUUUUCUCUGCAGCAGCAGCAACAACAACAGCAACAACAAAUGCUUGAAUCAUUAUCUAACGUCUCAAAUUUGCAGCCGCAUCAGCGCCCUAUGCAUGUGCUUCAACAAGCUAAGACAGUUGUACAGCAGCAGCAAAACCAGCAGGCACCUUUGGCAAUGCUACAAGCACAAGGUCAACCCCAAAAUCAAUCAUUGCAGCAACAACAGAUUUCUCAUAUUCAAUCGCAGACUGCACCACAUCAACAGCAGUUAGUACAGCAACAUAUUGGUUCAUUGCAGAGAGAUAUGCAACAAAGAGUUCCAGCUUCAGGUUCCAUACUUCCCCAGAAUGCAAUGGAGCACCAAAAGCAGUUUGUUCAAUCACAAAUGGGGCUUCAGGAGGUGUCAUCUAGUUCUACACUGGAUUCCAUAGCACCAACAGGAAUUGUUGCAGUUGAUUUGCAGGAGGAGAUCUACCAAAAGGUCAAGUCCAUGAAAGAUCUCUACUUUGCUGACCUGAAUGAAUUUUACCAAUGGGUUUCUCUGAAGUUACAGCAGAAUGAUGUUCUGCCAUCUGCAAAGGCAGCAGAACAAUUUCAGAAAAUGAAUGAUUUUAAGAAGAUGUUAGAGUGCAUAUUGCAAGUAUUGAAGUCACCAAAGGCCAAUAUCCAUCCAAGUCUCAAGGACAAAAUUCCUAUAUAUGAGAAGCAAAUUCUAAAUAUUCUAGCUUCAAAUAAGAAAAAAGGUAUCCCUUCACAGCCACAUGGACAGCAACAAUUUCAGCGUCCCAGUAGCCACUCUCAAUUAGUGCAACAGCAACAACAAACUCAAAUUUCUCAACUGCAACAACAUGACAACUAUACAAAUCAGCAAAAUAAUAUUCAAAGUUCUUCGAAUUCAACGCAGGCACCUGCUGUGCAAGGCGUGCAACAUGGUUCUGUGCCAUUAUCAGCACAAUUUGGUGUUACAUCUCAACAGAAUAUCUCAAAUGCAUUACCGACUGGAUCUACAGUUGAUCCAGUACAAGGAAAUUCUUUUAGUUCAUUACAGCAGGGAGCAAUUGCUCCCAUGCAACAAGGUGGUCUGGUAUCUGCCCAGAGUUCCAUUGCUCAACAAACCAAUGCUAAUAUUAUGCCAAAUGCCUCAAUGAAUUCAUCGCACAACAAUGCAAUUGCCCAGCAACCAAGUUCUAAUGUAAUGCAACAACAACAUUUCAAGCAGGAGCAGCAGCAUCUGAUGUCAAAUCCUCAACUAAAGCAACAAUUACAACAUCGUCAUAUGCAACAACAUUUGCUGCAGCAACAACAAAAGCAGCAACUACUUCAAGCCCAACAACCUCUGCAGCAACAGUUGCAACAGCAACAACAAAAGCAACAGCAAACCUCACAGAUGCCAUUGCACCGAAUACAACAGCUCCACCAAUCAAAUGAAGUCAAUGACUUGAGGUUGAGACAAGCACCUGGUAUUAAGCUAGGACAUUAUCAGCAACAUUACUCAACUGGUCAAAGACACAGCUAUUAUCAAGUGAAACCAGGUGCCACUGUCCCAAUUUCAUCACCUCAAAAUUUUCAAGCAUCAUCUCCCCAGGCUUCUCAUAAUUCUUCUCAAAUUGACCAGCAUUGUCAGCUAUCAUCUCAAAUAAAAUCUGGAACACCUUUACAGUCAGCUAACUCACCUUUUGUUCCAUCUCCAUCCACUCCUAUAGACCCCUCCCCAAUCCCAUGUGAAUCUGAGAAACAACUUUCUAGCUUCACACCAUUACCUAAUGUGGGACAUGUUGGACAUCAACAAACAGCUAUAGCACCUCAAUCUCAAUCUCUUGCUGUUGCUACACCUGGAAUAUCAGCUUCACCUUUGCUGGCAGAAUUUUCAUGUCCAGAUGGUAAUCAGACUACUGGUCUGAAUUUAGUUCCUGGGAAAGCAAGUACCCCAGAAAGGCCUCUUAAACGUUUAAUAGAAUUGAUGCAAUCGUUAACGCCCGAGGCUUGGAGCUCAGCUGUUCGUGAUAUUCAUUCUGUAGUUAGCAUGAUAGACAGGAUAGCAAGUUCUGCACCAGGAAAUGGUUCUAGAGCUGCGGUUGGUGAGGAUUUGGUUGCAAUGACAAAAUGCCGUUUACAAGCCAGAAGCUUCAUGUCUCAAGAUGGAAGUGGGCCAACAAAAAGAAUAAAGCGUGAUAUAAGUUCCAUUCCUUUGAAUAAUAUUUCAUCUGCUGGAAGCAAAAAUGAUAGCCUUAAGCAAUCAUAUGGUCUUGAUACAUCUGAACUAGAGUCUACUGCCACAUCGUGUGCUAAGCAACAAAAAUUUGAGGUAAAUCAUGCCUUAAUUGAAGAGAUAAGGGAGAUAAACCAGUGGCUCAUUGUUACAGUGGUUAACAUUAGUGAAGAGGGUACUGAUUCAAUUUCUGCUGCAUCAGAAGGCGAAGGAACAAUAGUGAAGUGUUUCUUCAAUGCUGUGGCUCUAUGUCCAGAUUUGAAGUCUCAAUUUGCCAAAGAAGAUAUGGGUCCAAUUCUACCUCUGAGGUUAUUCGUUCCCUCUAAUUAUCCAAAAUCUUCCCCUGUUCUUUUGGACAAGGUUUCAGACGAGCAAAGUAGGGAAUCCGACGAUCUUUCUGUGAAGACUAGGUCAAGAUUUGUCAUUUAUCUUCGCAGUCUGUCACAACCAAUGUCGCUAGGAGAAAUGGUAAAGACAUGGGAUGCAUGUGCUCAAAGGGUGAUUACUGAGUAUGCUCAACAGACUGGGGGAGGGACUUUUAGCUCAAGACAUGGUGCCUGGGAAAACUGCGUAGGUGCUUGAUCCACAAUGUUUAAUGUUGCAGUGUAGAGGAUAUUGAUUUAAUUUAUUAUUAGAAUUAGCUUCAAGCCUUUAGUUGAAAGUGUACCGCAUCUAGCUGUGUGAAAAACUUGGAUAGUCAUACAGAAAGUUUUGGAUAAUUUUAUCUGGUUCCGGUGGUAAUCCAUAUUUGUCACUAGAAGGAAGGUUGCAACAAUUAUAUAUUUUGUGACUAUACCUGCAACCCCUCUGUUAGAGGAAGUUUAAUAUGUUGAUGCU